GAUCCUUGAUGUUCGCGACGAGGUAGUAUAAGGAGGCUGCUAGAAACAGAAAAUGAUAGAAACAAAAGAUUUUGGGAAAUUUCUGGCAGUGCUCGUGUGGAAAAAUGCUCACUGUGGGACACUCCGGUAUGCCCCUAUUUUGACGCAAAUUUCCGGUUAAUCUCCGUUUCAGCUGUAAUUUGUGAUGAAUUGUCGAAUAAACUUUUUCCAGAUUUAAGGAUACGUGCACAUCUACACGUGUAAUAUUUUCUAUAUCAAAAUAUUAAGGUAUGAAAAAAUAGCGUUAUGUAUAAAUAUAUAAAAGCUUCUGAUUCAUUAUGAUGAUUGAUUUGCCUGAAGAAAUAAUAAAUUCACUCUGAAGAUCUCAAAGAGCACGAACCCUUCCUAUAUAUAUUAGGGUGCUUCAAAAAAAAUCGAUUUUUUUUUUUUCGUGGGCCGAAGAGGGAUGUUAGUACAUGUAAAAAAAGUGACUUUCCCAAAAUUUGAGAUUAAAAAAAAAAUAUUUAGCGGUCCCUCAAACGACUUUUCUAUGUUUUUUCCUAUUUUGAGGAAAAUCAUCAUGAAAAAAGUCUUAAAAAGUCAUGAAACGUUAUGUAAACAUAAAAUGCACUUUCUUUGUUGAAUAAGUGAAAUAUUGUGAACAUAAAAUACAUUGGAAUAAUGCGCUGAACAUCAGUAUACUACACAAUUUCAUUGCUAAAUUAUGUUAUAUGUUUUUUAGGGUGCUUCAAAAAAAAUCGAUUUUUUUUUUUCGUGGGCCGAAGAGGGAUGUUAGUACAUAUAAAAAAAGUGACUUUCCCAAACUUUGAGAUUAAAAAAAAAAUAUUUAGCGGUCCCACAAACGAUUUUUCUAUGUUUUUUCCUAUUUUGAGGAAAAUCGUCAUUGAAAACGUCUUAAAAAGUCAUGAAACGUUAUGCAAACAAAAAAUGCACUUUCUUUGUUGAAUAAGUGAAAUAUUGUGAGCAUAAAAUACAUUGGAAUAAUGCGCUGAACAUGUGUAUUCCAGUAUACUACGCAAAUUCAUUGCAAAAUUACGUUAUAUGUUUUUUGAAUAUUUAGCUCGGAAAUAAUUUUUCUCUGCGCUGAAUAUGAAGCAUAUUUUUCCCAUGUUUUUUGCGAAGCCCCUAGCUCAUGUAGCUGUUGAGCUUCGUCCUUGUCGUGGUCAUAGUAGCUCUGUUUAUAUUGCUUCACGGUCUACAAUGUAACAAAAGUACAAGUGCACUAGUACGAACAAAAUGUCAUACGAACAGAAAAGUCAUUUGAGGGACCGUUUAAUUAAUGAUUUUUUUUUUCAACACAAAGGUAAAGUUUCAUGUAUUCAAGGGAGAAGUGCAUUUUAUGUUUGCAUAACGAUUUAUGAUUUUUUUCAUGACGUUUGUCCCCAAAACAGGAAAAAAAAUACAAAAGUCGUUUGAGGGACCGUUAUAUAUUUUUCAAAAGAUCUGAAAAUUUGAGUAAGUCAUUUUUUUUACGUAUACUAACACCCCUCUUCGGCCCACGAAAAAAAAAAAAAUAUCGAUUUUUUUUGAAGCAUCCUAAUAUAUAUACAGAUAACGCACUUGUCUGUCAGUUCAGUGAAAAGACCUUUUCAGUAAAUUCUAGUAAAUACUUUCAAGCUUUCGAAAACUGAAGUAAAUUCUCGUGACCCUUUUUAUAGAGAAUUCAAUAAAAACGAAUAUAUGUAUAGACGUGACUCUAUUCGAAAAUUUUAUUCAUACCCUCCCUAUGUAUACAAAUGUCCGCCAAAAAGUUAUCGAAAUAUUAAUUAUCUGAUGUUAAAAAGUUAUCUUUCAGACAACUGUUAACUUUCAGAUAACUUUUUGGCAGACAUUUAUACCAUUAAGGUAACUUUUUUUUGGCACUUUUUUGAAAAUUGCUACUAGGGUAAUUUGCGAUUAUAUAGAAAAAAACUAUCUCGGAGCAGUACACCAAAAAAUUCGGUUUUUCACGAUUAGAUGGUUUUUCCAAAUGAUUAUACUCCACCAUUUUGAUUAUUUGAUAUGAAAAAAAAAAAAAUAUGCCUUAUUCAAACGUUCAUUAGUAUAUAUCGAUUACAUUAUAAUAGGGAGCUUGGCGGGUCUGGCAUAUGGCCGGUGGCCGGGAAUGGGAAAAAAAUCUCCCACGUGUUUUAAGGUUAGGUUAGUUGAAAUUGGCGAUCCAGCGGCGUUUGUUGACAAACAACGAGUCGGAGUGAAAAAAGUUUUGCAUUAUUACAUAUUCAACAAAUGAUACACAAUUUGGCAUCGAAUUGUUGAGAUCGCAUAAUAAACAAUACGUCAGUAUUCGUUAUGCUAAUUUUAUUUAAAAGUAACUUAUUUGUAGUAGGUUCGAAUUGCAAACAGACAUUAAAAUCUACAUUUCGUAGACCAUGAAAAACUUUUAUAACAUCGCUGUGAAAUGCAGGCGUGUUGUUGAAAAGUCUUUGGAUCAGUGCAAUGCGAAUUUUUUUUCGCGACACUUGACGUCCCAGAAGAAACCACGGAAAAGUCGUACGAAAACGGAUGAAUCUUGCUCAUCAACGGACUCUAUCUCGGAAGCAAAAGAUGCUAUUACUGCCGAAUCUCGAGCAAAUCCAAAAGCUAGUAUCUUGUAUUUGAUGGAUCAGGAAAUUGCAAAAACAAUAGCUGGAUUGAUAGUGGCGCAUCGCAGUGUUAAAACACCUCAUGUUAUGCAGAUGAAUCCAGGUUUAGGGGUAUUGACGGAAGAAUUGCUCAAAGCAGGGAUCCAGGAGAUUGAAAUGUUUGAAGGAACUGAAUAUUUUUGGCCAAGAUUGAUGGAUCUACAACUAAGAUUUCACAAAAACCUUUAUUUACAAAAGGUAAAUUUUGGUCACAUAUUCGAGGUGGCGUACAGAGACUGGAAGAAUGAGACCAAUGACUUGGAUGAUUACUUCAAUAAUGUUAAAGAGAAAGCAUGGAGAAAUCUAGCAAGUUAUGAGAUAAUAGGUUCAGUGGCAGAUCGAAAUUUUACCUAUCGCCUGGUCCAAUCACUGGUGUUGCAUAGUAACUUACGCCAGAAGGGAAGAAUGAUUCUUUACCUUUGUGUUCCUCCGUCAGUUAUGCUCGAAUUGAUUUGUAAAAAUGAUCACUAUGAUCUCUACAGAACUCCUAUAGUACUGUUCCAAACAUUGUUCCAGUGCAAAGUUCUUGGAGAGUUGCCAAGAUCAGCUUUCUAUCCGCAGUACUCAAAAUCAAAAAAGCAAAGAAAACACUGUAGAGAAGAACUGUACAAAAAGGACCGUGAGUCUAUGUUCCUUAUUAAAAUUGAAGGAAAUCGUCAUCUCUUCAAUAGGAAAUUUACAGAGAAGGAUCUCUUGGUUUAUUACUAUUUUGUCAAGCAUCACUUCAAAGCAAGAGUCACCAGAGUUAUUCCUGCUCUAGAAAGUUGGGUUCCAGGAUGCGGGCCUGCUCUUAUAAAAGACGGUUUCAAUAUUUUCACACAAUUUGGAGAAUUGCUCCCGCACGAGGUUCUCAAAUUAUAUUUGAAAUUCAAAUCUUUGCCUGGUUUCAAAAAGAGCGCAUUUCUGUCGAGUAAUCCAGUUCUAUCGAAUGUGAAUACGUUUUUCUCUGACAUGGAACAGUACGAUAACUGGAAUGAAAAUACUGUGGAUUUUGACAAUAUUUUCCAAACAUCGGUGAAGGAAUUUGAGGAUGGGAAGAAAGAAUUGAUACGAUAAUCCGGAAAAUAGAGCUACCGAAAAAUAGCGUUAUAUCCGCAAAUCCCGAUCCAUAGAAAAAGGUUGCAGUACUUUUUCAUCUAACGAGUUAAAAAAGAGAUUUGAAACGUCCUGUAUACGUAUAUUUUUCGUUAGUUUUUUACUUUGACGACCAAAUGUUCGUAUACCGAUAAGAAAGAUUAUCACGAAGACACUUGACCCGAUCUGCGUGAACUUUCAAGUGUGUGCUUCGACCGUGGUUAACAGCUCACAUUUGUGUAUAUACGAAAUUGAGAGAUUUGUACUUAUCGUAAUCAUUAAAUAUAUAACGUACCCAA